AUGGCUACCGACCCAGACGGCGACUCCCAAAUGGCAUCCUCCCCGGAAUCAUCCCACGGCCUCUCCGAAGACUCUCACCCGGGUACCCGCACCCCAACCAACAAGCUCACCAACCCGCGUCCUCCUCCCUUCGGCGGCUCAGAACUCUCCCCGCCCGGCUCUCAAACACAAACCGCUACUCUGAACACCCAGGGACAGAUGGCCUUCAACCAGAGCCUAAUUGACUCUCCGCUUGCGACGCAGACAACUCAGCAGGUACAGCAACAGCAACAGCAGGCACAGCAAAUGGAUGCGCCGGGCGCGGCGUGGAUGAAUAAAAGGGCAGAGGAGGAGUAUCAGCGCGCGAUGGAGUACGUGGUUGAUCAUGAUUUCAAUCUGGAUGAGUUCGGAGAUCCGUUUGAUGAGAGGGAUGUUGAGGAGAAGUUGUUUUGA